AUGUCACAAAAUAAUGAAAAUGAAAAUGAAAAUGAAAAUGAAAAAUAUCAUAGACCUCCUCAACCUCCUCCCACCGCAUAUACGAAAGGAUCAUAUGAUGAUCAACAUAACGAUGGAUCAAUGGCUUCAUCUGCUCCGACAGCAACAAGUAACGACCCGCAACAACCAGGAAAUCAAUAUCAUUUCAGACAAGACCAAUAUUAUAACUUGAACGCCAAGACAGCGGGUGCCCCCAUUGGCUCAUUCGCAGAAGCAUUCCCCACAGAAAAUGAUAACAAACCUCGUUGGAAUGAUUGGCCAUUCACUAUCUUAUUUUUACUAACGGUAGCAGGAUUCAUAGUCAUCGCGUCACUAACCUUAAGAGGAUGGUCACAUACAUAUUCUUCGACUGGUUCAGGAAUAUAUAAUUCCGUUUCAGCUACCCCGGAUACAAAUGCAGCGAUAUUAUUAAUAUUCAGCUGUAUCAUCGGAUUGGGGUUCGCUACAUUGGGUAUCAUCCUAGUGAGAUUAUAUCCGAAAUUCUUCAUCUAUGCUGGGAUGAUAUUUAAUAUAAUCGCUGGGUUAGCUACAGCAGUUAUGUAUCUCUCAUUGAGGUACUGGUCCGCAGGGAUUGUCUUUUUGGUCUUUACAGUACUUACAGCAUGGUUUUAUUGGUGUAUGAGAUCAAGAAUACCAUUAAGUAUAACUAUUCUGAAAAUAGUAGUUGAUGUCAUGAAGAAAUUACCACAAACCUUAAUAGUGUCUUUAUUAGGUACUAUAGUUGGGAGUGCGUUUGCAUUCCUGUUUUCAGUGGUUAUCGUGGCUACAUAUAUCAAGUAUGAUCCUCAAGAUGGGAAUAAUCCUGGUUGUCAAGUCUCUGGUGGGUCUUGUUCUCAUUCAAAAUUGAUUGGGAUAUUAGUAUUGGUUUUCUUCUGUGGGUAUUACAUCUCUGAAGUUAUAAAAAAUGUCGUUCAUGUCACAAUAUCAGGGAUUUAUGGUUCAUGGUAUUAUAUGUUUAAAUCCGACCAAGGUAUGCCUAAAUGGCCUGCAUCUGGUGCAUUCAAGAGAGCAAUGACUUAUUCAUUUGGUUCCAUUUCUUUCGGUUCAUUAAUCGUUGCAUUACUUGAAACUUUGAGGGAAACUUUGAAUCUAGUUAGACAAGGUGUCAUAGGUGGUGGAAUUCAAGGUCAAUGGGGUCAAUUCGGGUUUAUGAUCAUUGAUUGGAUUAUGGGAUUCAUUCAAUGGCUGGCUCAAUAUUUCAACCAUUACGCUUACUCUUUCAUCGCCCUAUAUGGGAAACCAUAUUUAAGAGCCGCAAAGGAAACUUGGUAUAUGAUUAGACAAAAGGGUAUGGAUGCCUUAAUUAAUGAUAACUUAAUUGGGUUAGCGCUUGGAUUCUACUCUGUUUUUGCAAGUUAUAUUGCUGCCUUAUUUGCAUUUUUAUAUUUGAGAUAUACUGAGCCAUCUUAUAAUUCUAAUGGAUCAUAUAAUGCUCCACUGAUUGCAUUCUCAUUCGUGAUUGCUCUUCAAAUUUGCAAUAUUGCUAAUGAAACUAUCAGGUCAGGAACAGCAACUUUCUUUGUUGCAUUGGGUAAUGAUCCUGAAGUUUUCCAAGUUUCAUAUCCUGAUAAAUUUGAUGAGAUUUUUAGAAAUUAUCCACAAGUAUUAGAAAAAUUAAGUCAUCAAGACGUUUAA